AUGGCGACGGCUUCGGCUCCGGACAAAAUCCCCGUCCCCAAGCCCGGCGAGGGCGAGCCGAUUGUGUUCUUCGACAUCCAGAUCGGCGGUGAACCGCUGGGCCGCAUCAAGAUGCACCUCUUCGCCAACACGGUGCCUAAGACGGCGGAGAAUUUUCGCCAGUUCUGCACCGGCGAGCACAAGGGCAUGGGCGCCAAGCCGAUGGGGUAUAAAGGGAGCAAGUUCCAUCGUGUGAUCAAGAACUUCAUGAUCCAAGGCGGCGACUUCCUUCACUCGGACGGCACGGGUUCCACCUCCAUCUACCACAACGCGGCCUUCGCCGACGAAUCCUUCGCCAUCAAACACACCCGCCCCGGUUUGUUGUCCAUGGCCAACUCCGGCCCCAAUACCAACGGGUGCCAGUUCUUCAUCACCACCGCCCCGGCCCCCUGGCUGGACAACAAGCACGUCGUGUUCGGGCAGGUCGCGGACGACGAGAGUAUGCAGGUCGUGCGGAUGAUUGAGAAUACGAGAACCGCGGGGCCCGGUGGGAGGGGGCAGGGGGAGAGGCCUGUGCUGGAUGUUAGGAUCGUGCAGUGUGGGGAGAUGUGA